CAAUUCCUCGCUAUUGUCCUGGGCGCUGCUCUCAGUGCUCAAGCCACGUCUCUCGAUGUCGAUGUCAACGCUGUCGGUGCGAAUCUUAAUUUGGAGUUAUCCUUGGACGAUACUGUUGCUCUGUGGGAAAACACCUGGCCCAAAGUGGCUCAAUACGUUCCCGGUAUCACCUGUGUUCUAGGUGAUGCUGCCGCCCAGAAGAACACCUCCACCGGUGAGCUUGAGGGUUGCGCGGUUAUCCAGAAUGAAUUGUCCACCCAUUUCCCUGGUGUUCAGUGCACUGGCAACCUCGACGAAGAAACUUUGAGGAAGGGACUCGAGGUAUCCGCCGAAGUUCAGGUCGGUACGACUGAGCUUUCACUCCGAAGGCAGGAUCCUGGCUUGAGUGCAGCAAUCGAUAGGGCGGACCAGGAAAAAGAUAGGCAGAUUGAUCAAAAGAGCAGAUCAGCUCUUUUGACUUGUGCUGCCGCUCCCCAUCCUGGAAAUUGCUACACAUGCGUUAGUGGCGCGGCGGGUGCAGCUAUCGGUAGUGUGGGCGUAUGC